AUGGAGAGCAAUAUGGUGUUUUUAGAUGUUGAUCAAAAAAAUAUGUCCGGUAAGAUUCCCACUUCAUUGGGGGUACUAAGUUCCCUGGAAAUAUUAAAGCUCAACAACAACAAUUUUGGCGGUGAAAUUCGUGAUGCUUUGCAAAAUUGUUCAAAUUUGAGAAGUAUUUAUCUUGGAGACAACAAGUUAUCUGGGAAAAUGCCUCUAUGGAUUGGAAGGUCAAAUGUACCCAUGUUGUCUGUGCUACGAUUACGAUCUAACUAUUUUAGUGGACAUAUUUCCCAACAAUUGUGCAAUCUUGAUGGCCUUCACAUCCUUGACCUUAGUAACAAUAGCAUUUCAGGUGCAAUUUUGUCAAAAAAGGAGAAGGCGAAAAUUUACAUCCACAAUUAUGGUGGAUAUGCUUAUAAUAGCUUUGAGCAUUCUGAUAAUAUAUUUGAGCAUGCCAAACUGACACUUAAAGGAGAAGAACUUGUGUACAACACAACUCUAUAUCUUGUAAAGAUCAUUGAUCUUUCAUCAAAUAAUUUACAAGGCGAAAUCCCUGAAGAAAUAAGCAACCUCAUUUUCUUGGGCACCUUGAAUUUGUCCAUGAAUCAAUUGAGUGGAAAGAUCCCCUCCAAGGUCGGAAACUUGCAUUGGCUGAAAACUCUUGAUCUCUCAUACAACCACCUUUUGGGAUAG